UACAGCGAUGGCGGCUUCGCUGUCAGAGCGGCUUUUCUCGCUGGAGCUGCUCGUAGACUGGGUGCGUUUUGAAGCCGGGCUGCCGCCGCCGCCCGUAGUCCCGGCGGAGGAGCAGGAGGAGGAGGAGGCGUCGCCGCCGCGGUCGUCGCGCGGCCUGUGCCCCGCCGUGGCCUUCCGCCUGCUGGACUUCCCCACGCUGCUGGUUUACCCUCCCGGCGGCCCCGCCGCCCCCGCCCCGGAACUUCGGCCCGGCCUGGUCAGCUUCGGUCGCGGCAAGUCCUGUCUCUUCCGCCUGCAGCCCGCCACCCUGCACCGCCUGCUCCUUCGGACACCGCUUUACACCUUGCUGCUGCAGCUGCCCCCCAGGAGCCCGACCCCCGCCCCGCAGCUCCUGGGGGCCUGCAGCAUCUCUCUGGCCGCCGCGGCCCACAAGGUCCUGGGGCCCGCCGCCUCCGGCUGCUCCCAGGGUCAUCGGGGAAGUUUCCCUCUGCAAAACCUAGAGGGGGAGCGGAUUGGGCACAUUGCCCUGGGCUACCGCCUGACUGACCUGGGAAGCAGCUUGCUGGGCCAUCUGGAGAGGCCAGUCGCUUCCACAGGAGGUGGAGUGGAGGGUGUGGAGGUCAGUCCCCAAACCUUGCAGGAAAACCAGCAGCUUCGGCAGCCAGACUCAGAGCCAAGCCCAAGAGAUGCUGAUAAGCGUCUGGUGGAUGUAAAAAUCUCAAUGGCAGGGAAGGAUUUGAAGGAGGGAGUCUUCCACAGCAAGGCCAACUCUGAUUACAAGUUGGAGAAUGACAAAACCAACUCCAUUAUUUGUUCAAAGGGUAGCAGUGAGAGGAGUGUUAGCCCCCAAAAUCAGGAAGUCACAGAGUUAGACAUUGAAACCAACAUAAUUUGCCCUCCUCCUCUGUAUUACACUCAUGUGACCCAAGAAAAGACACCUCCUAAACAGGGUGAAAUCACUAUUGAGCCUCAAAUGAAUGCACCUGAGGAAUUGGAUGGUACUUUUCCGGAAGAAAAACUUGUAAAACCCCCAACACAUACUAGUCCUCCAGAACAUACAAAUUUUGCAACACAUGAGAGGCCUCCAGUGCUUAUACAUCCUGCACAUAUUCAGGAUGUAGGAGCAAGUAACCAAACUACUUACCAUCCUCAAACUGAACAAAAUAGGAUCAAUACUGUAAGGCAGCUGCCUUUGUUAAGUGCUUUGUUGGUUGAGUUGUCCUUGUUAUACAACCAACCUGUGGCAAGCCCUACUCAUAUACAUCCUCAUUUAGCCUGGUUAUAUAGAACUGAGGACAAGAAGUCACCAGAAUCUUCUGCCAAAUCCACUUGUAAAUCUGAAUCUAAAGAUAAGCUUUCUCUGGGGGAAAAUGAAAAAUCAGUGAGUCUUCAGUAUAAAAAGAACCAAACUGAAAAUCUUAAGAAAGGUAAAUAUUUUGAAAAGAAAGGUGGUGUCCCCCCCAAAAGAGUUCCAAGGGGGAAGCUACUUUAUGGCUUAACAAACACACUUAAGCUACGUUUAAAGCAAACAAAUCCUGAUAUGUUGAUAGUACACGAAAAGAGAGAACAGUAUAGAAAAACGCAAGCACAAAUGUUAGGUGCGAAACUCAGAAUUCCAUCAUCCAAAGUUAAGAUACUAAGUUUUGCAGAACAACAUCAGAAGCCACAUCAACCGCCUAAAGAUAAGUUUUUGGACUCAGAUGCAUCUUUUGCUGAAAAUAGCAAUACCUCAAAGCAAAUUAGUGUAGUUUUUGAUGACCCCAGCACAACUAAAGAAACUAAACUGAAAUGUGCAGCUGAAAAGACAGUUGAUGAUUUCCUGGAAGAAAUUGUGAGUCCUGCAAAUUCCAUUGUCUCAGGAAGGUUUAUUCAUACAAAUAUUUUGGGUGGAAGAGUGGAAGUGAAAGUCCAAAGUCCAGGUGAUUUCCAACGGGUCGCAGUAGUUGACAGAAUUGUAGUAGAUAAAGAAAUAGAUGAUAAACAGGUCAAAAUCACUUCUAACGACAUUCUUACUGCUGAUAUGAAUGAAAAUAAUCCAAGUACAAGUAGUUGCUCUGAAAGCAUCUCAGAACUAAAGUAUUCAGAUGACUUCACCAGUCCUUGCUGGUCUGAAGACACCAGCAGAGUUUUACAAACUCGUGAUAGCAGUCCAGGGACAGAAAAUCCAAAACAUAGUCAACAGACAAGCAAGUCCAGUGAAACAAGGUUGUCCAUAAGGAAAAAUAGCAGUGAAAAGAGUUCUAUUCUUAGCCCAUCUUUUUCAGCUGGAUCCCCAGUACUCUCAUAUAAAAGAUUUCAUAUUUCAAAGGCUCAAGAUAAAAGUUUGGAGGAAGCAUCUAAUAUCUCUACCAGUGAUUUCUCUUCCUCACACUGGACCGAGGAAAAAGAAAACCAGAGAGACCAAAAUAGUAUGCAUAAUUCUAAAGUUCUAAAGAGGAAUCAAGACAUCCCUACUAAACUUAAAACAAGAACAGGUUGCAAGUCCUCAGAAAAAAGCCAGUCACCUCGGACAUCUCAAGAUUCUACCAUUAAAUCUGACAAGAUUGAUCAUGGGAUCACCUUAUAACCCAGGUGGUGCAGUGGUUAAGAAUCCGACUGCCAAUGCAGGGGACACGGGUUCAAGCCCUGGUCUGGGAAGAUCCCACAUACUGCGGAGCAACUAAGCUCGUGCACCACAACUACUGAGCCUGCGCUAUAGAGCCCGUGAGCCACAACUACUGAAUCCCACGCACCUAGAGCCCGUGCUCCUCAACAAGAGAAGCCACUGCAGUGAGAAGCCUGCUCACCACAACAAAGAGUAGCCCCCGCUCGCCGCAACUAGAGAAAGCCCGCGCACAGCAACGAAGACCCAAUCCAGCCAAAAAUAAAUAAAUAAAUUCAUUUAAAAAAAGAAAAAGAAGCCCCACCUUCCAUCCAUGCCCUAUUGCCUGAUCCUCAACUAGAAGUGAGGAACCUGAUUACGUUAUAGAAAAGAAGAUAGAUUCUUGACAACUGUGAAGGCAGCAACAGGUAUGGCUCAUCAGAAGUAGGGUAGGUCAGAGGAGCUGCCUCGUGAACUUCCACACUCUUAGACACAUACACGAAUAGCCAUGGGUUAGCCUUCCUGGUGGGCAACCUAAAGAAUGAUCCAGCUGUACUUGAUGUCCCCUUAAAAAGGAGGGGCUCAGAGAAAUGUUAGUAGGGCUGGUUUCAUGGGAAUGCAGCCUAUGCAGUUGCAUAAACCCUGCUCUCAGAAGAGCCUCUCACUGGGUUUAAUGCUCUGCUAUUGUCAUCUUGAAAUUCUUAAUAAUUUUCUCUUUGCGCUUGUGUUUUUGAGUGAAGUCUAAUGAGACAGCAGUACAUCCAUAUUAGCAGGGGAGAUGUGCACCAUGUGUGUGUCCACCCCUGUUGCUUCCCACCCCACUCAUAGAUAGCUGUACGGCUUCCAUAGACAAUUACCUUCUACUCCGAAGGGCACUGCACAUGGCUUAAGGUUCUGUUAUCACUGUCUUGAAAUUCUUAACAAUUUUAUCUUUGUGUUGUGUAAACAUAGAAAUUCAAGUCUGAUGGGACAAUGGCACAUGGCCAUAAAUAUACAGCAUGUAUAUUUAUUGCUUUGCUGCCCUGUUUGCAUACAGUGUUCGUGGUACCCCAAAAGCACAAAAUUCCAUGGGACUCACUGCAUGUGGGAGCUCAGUGAGACUUAACACAAAUCAGGUGAGCGCAUUCCAUCUACAACUGGGCAGCCCCGAGAGGCAGGCUCUCUGUGUGAGCCAGAGCUGGCUUCACGCUCAGAAAGAAGGCAGUGCUGUUCCAAGAAGCAUGAAUGACCAAGGAACCCCAUCAUAUCUUCUCUCGCUCGUGUUACUUCCCUGUGUUAGCCAACCACCAAUGUUGAAAAUGAUGACACAGAAGGACAGAGAAAGAUAGAGCAACCCAGAGUUCCUUGUCCUUCCAGCUUUUCCUUAGUCAUCAGGAAGCCAGAGGUGGAGGGUGUUGGUAGGAUGUGCCGGUAUCAAGAAGUGAAAUAGAAUACUUGAGUUAGAUUAGUUGGGGCAACAUUUCCACUGUCUGUGUGCAUGCCAACAUUACAGGAUGCCAACUGUGUAAUUUUGAUGAUUCCACAUACAAGUAAAUGUUCUAUUCAUAUUUAAAACUGAUGUUGCACGAUAUAAAGAUGAACAGUAAAAAUUAUGUUAAUUGUUUAAGAUUUUAAUUUUUCUGUACUUUGAAAGAUAUUAAACAGUGAGGCAGAGUUCUAAAAUGACCCCCCAGUGACCUAUGCCCUUGUACAGUCCCUCCCUUUGCAUGUUGGCAGGACCUGUAGUUUGCUUCUAACUAAUAGAAUAUGACAGAGGUGAAAGAGUUUGGCACGUGUAAUUAAAGCCCCUAAUCACACAGGGAGAUCAGCUCGGUGCUUUGUGUCCACCUAGAGGGGUGGGAUAGGGAGGGUGGGAAGGAGACACAAGAGGGAGGGGAUAUGGGUAUGUAUGUAUACAUAUAGCUGAUUCACUUUGUUAUACAGCAGAAACCAACACACCAUUGUAAAGCAAUUAUACUCCAAUAAAGAUGUAAAAAAAUAAUAAAAAUAAAGACAUGGAAAAUUUUAAAAAGCCCCUGAUCAGUUAACUUUAAAGUAAAUCAAAGAUAAAUAAAUAACUAAAUAAAAUUUAAAAAUAAAGUAAAUCAAAGUGAGAUUACCCUAGGUGGGCCAUACCUAAUCAGGCAAACCCUUUAAAAGCAGUUAGAAGCCAGACACUCUUUCUUCUGCUGGCCUUCAAGAAACAAGCACCAUGAGUCCUGCAGCUGAAAAAACAAAAUACUUUGUGCCAACAACAGCGUGAGCUUGAAAGAGGAGGACUCAAACCUCAGAUGAGACCCCAGCCCUGGGCAACACCUGGACUGAAGCCUGUGAGACCCUGGGCAGAGGACGCAGCUAUACAUGCCUGGACUCCUGACCCACAGAUUCCAUGGGGUAGUGCACAGGUGUUGUUUGAAGUUGCUAAGUUUGGGGUAAUUUGUCAUGCAGCCAUAGAAAAAUUAAUACAAAUAGCCAAUAAAAACACUGAAAAGUUGAGAGGGAGACCUUGGAAGAAAGGGAAAAGCUUUAUAUUUUAGGCACUCCCAAUUUUUUGAACAAGUUCUGCAUUUUUACUUUUCACUGAGCCCCCCAGAUUCUGCAGCUGACCCUGGCUGUUACUCCAAGCUGGUAGAGGCACAGCCAAUGGCAUACAGUCUUUCUACUUGACUCUGCAAUGCACAUAGGCUUUAGCACAGCCUUUCUGGACAUUGCUGGUGUGUAUCAUACUUGAGAAUACCAUGUGGAGGCUAUAUAUUUCCUCUGUAGGAUCUGAAUAUUAUCUUUAAAUUUUUAAAUUUACAGUCUGAACUAAAAUGCCUACAUUUCACGCUAAUGAUAAAUUUGGCUUCUGGGCUUCCCUGGUGGCGCAGUGGUUGCGCGUCCGCCUGCCGAUGCAGGGAAACCGGGUUCGCGCCCCGGUCUGGGAGGAUCCCACAUGCCGCAGAGCGGCUGGGCCCGUGGGCCAUGGCCGCUGAGCCUGCGUGUCCGGAGCCUGUGCUCCGCAACGGGAGAGGCCGCAACAGAGGGAGGCCCGCAUACCACAAAAAAA